AUGGCUCCUCCCUUGAACUCCACCACCUUUAAUCUCAUCAAAACUGACUCUAUAUUUGAUCUAUCCGAAAGAAAGUUUAAGGUGAAAGGUUUUCCUUUGUUCCAUGAUGUUCCUGAGAAUGUUUCUUUCAGCUCAUUCUCUUCUAUAUGCAAACCCUCAGAAUCAAAUGCACCACCUUCACUUCUUCAAAAAGUUCUUGCCUUUUCACACAAAGGUGGUUUCUUUGGAUUCUCUCAUGAAACCCCAUCAGAUAGGUUGAUGAAUUCCUUAGGUAGUUUCAAUGGAAAAUACUUUUUGAGUAUUUUCAGGUUUAAAACUUGGUGGUCUACUCAAUGGAUAGGAAAAUCUGGUUCUGAUUUACAAAUGGAAACUCAAUGGAUUCUCAUUGAAGUUCCUGAAACCAAAUCCUAUGUUGUCAUCAUUCCUAUAAUAGAAAAAUGUUUCAGGUCUGCACUUUUUCCUGGUUUUAAUGAUCAUGUCAUGAUUUGUGCUGAAAGUGGUUCAACAAAGGUGAGAGAAUCGACAUUCAAUUCAAUUGCUUAUGUUCAUUUUUCUGAAAAUCCUUAUGAUUUGAUGAAAGAAGCUUAUAGUGUUAUAAGGGUUCAUCUCAAUACUUUUAGGCUUUUGGAAGAGAAAACAAUCCCAAGUUUAGUUGAUAAAUUUGGUUGGUGCACAUGGGAUGCUUUCUAUUUAACUGUUAAUCCUAUUGGUAUUUUCCAUGGUCUUGAUGAUUUUUCGAAAGGCGGUGUCGAACCGAGGUUUGUUAUCAUCGAUGAUGGAUGGCAAAGCAUUAGUUUUGAUGGUUGUGAUCCUAAUGAAGUUGCAAAGAAUCUUGUUCUUGGUGGUGAACAAAUGACUGCUAGACUUCAUAGGUUUGAUGAAUGUUACAAGUUUAGAAAAUAUGAAAGUGGAUUAUUAUUAGGUCCUAAUUCACCACCUUAUGAUCCAAAAAAAUAUAGGGAUUUGAUUUUAAAGGGUAUUGAACAUGAGAAAUUAGAGAAGAAAAAAGAGGAAGCUAUUUUAUCUAAGAGUUCUGAUUUGGAUGAAAUAGAGUCAAAGAUCAAGGAAGUAGUAAAGGAAAUUGAUGAUCUCUUUGGUAGAGAACAAUUUAGUAGUGUUGAUAAAAGUGAGAUGAAGAGUGAGUAUGGAUUGAAGGCUUUCACAAAGGAUUUGAGGACAAAGUUCAAAGGUUUGGAUGAUGUUUAUGUUUGGCAUGCACUUUGUGGUGCUUGGGGUGGUGUGAGGCCAGAAACCACACACCUUAAAACCAAAAUUAUCCCUUGUAAACUCUCACCAGGUCUUGAUGGAACAAUGGAGGAUCUUGCAGUGGUUAAGAUUGUCAAAGCUUCACUUGGGCUAGUUCAUCCUAGUCAAGCUUAUGACCUUUAUGACUCCAUGCAUUCUUAUCUUGCUGAAUCCGGUAUCACUGGAGUCAAAGUUGAUGUCAUUCAUUCUCUUGAAUAUGUCUGUGAUGAAUAUGGAGGUAGAGUUGAUCUUGCAAAAGUUUACUAUGAAGGACUGACAAAAUCUAUUGUAAAGAACUUUAAUGGGAAUGGAAUGAUUGCUAGCAUGCAACAAUGUAAUGACUUUUUCUUUCUUGGAACAAAGCAAAUUUCUAUGGGAAGAGUUGGGGAUGAUUUUUGGUUCCAAGAUCCCAAUGGUGAUCCAAUGGGAAGUUUUUGGUUGCAAGGUGUGCACAUGAUUCAUUGUUCCUACAAUAGUUUAUGGAUGGGACAAAUGAUUCAGCCUGAUUGGGAUAUGUUCCAAUCAGAUCAUGUUUGUGCUAAAUUUCAUGCUGGUUCAAGAGCUAUCUGUGGUGGGCCAAUUUAUGUGAGUGAUAAUGUUGGCUCUCAUGAUUUUGAUUUGAUUAAGAAGCUUGUUUUCCCUGAUGGUACAAUACCAAAAUGCAUAUAUUUUCCACUUCCAACUAGAGAUUGUCUUUUCAAAAACCCUCUAUUUGACCGUACAACUGUCCUCAAAAUUUGGAACUUCAACAAGUAUGGAGGGGUGAUUGGUGCUUUCAACUGUCAAGGAGCAGGGUGGGAUCCAAUAAUGCAGAAGUUUAGGGGCUUCCCUGAAUGCUACAAGCCAAUAACCGGUACUGUUCAUGUAACCGAAGUUGAAUGGGAUCAAAAGGAAGAAACAUCUCAUUUGGGAAAGGCAGAAGACUAUGUAGUCUACAUGAAUCAAGCUGAAGAACUUUGUUUGAUGACUCCAAAAUCUGAACCAAUUCAGUUUACUAUUCAACCAUCCACAUUUGAGCUAUACAGUUUUGUUCCGGUUACAAAGUUAUGUGGCAGCAUCAAAUUUGCACCAAUUGGGUUGACAAACAUGUUCAACAGUGGUGGAACAGUUAUAGAUUUGGAAUAUGUUGGAAAUGGUGCUAAGAUUAAGGUUAAAGGUGGUGGGAGUUUUCUUGCUUAUUGUAAUGAAUCACCAAAGAAGUUUGAAGUGAAUGGUUGUGAAGUGGAUUUUGAGUGGGUAGGUGAUGGAAAACUGUGUGUCAAUGUUCCUUGGAUUGAAGAAGCUUAUGGUGUUUCUGAUUUGGCAAUUUUCUUUUAG